CUGGGAGAUCAAUAACCAAGGAAGACAUUUUGGAUUUAAAACGAGCUCAUUUAGUGGUUGACGAAAAUAUGCUCCGUCGGCAACACCAUUUAUCAUUAGUUAGAAUGUAUCGUCAGAUGGGUUUGUUUGUCAGUUGUGCGCAAUGAAAUGGCGUCGUUCUUGUGAAAAAUUCCACGCAUUGAUCCCAAACCAUAUCGCCGCGCUCAUCUACGAAUUCUGUUAGUAUAGGUUUCUUGCUGGCUCAGCUGUGUGUAUGUACAUCGAGAAGGCUCCUAUAGUUCCUGGCUGUCCUACGAGGAAUUAACCAAUUUAGCCUCUAAGUCCACCAGGCAAUGUCAAUAAUGGUGUACCCCAGGGAGGACCGCCUGGAGAAGCUGUCCCAGGAGGAGAUCAUCUCCAGCACCAAGCUGGUGAUCCAGGGCCUGGAGGCGCUGAAGAGCGAGCACAACUCCAUCCUGCACAGCCUGCUGGAGACCAUCCGCUGCCUGAAGAAGGACGAGGAGGCCAACCUGGUGCACGAGAAGUCCAGCCUGCUGCGCAAGUCAGUGGAGAUGAUCGAGCUGGGGCUGGGCGAGGCGCAGGUGAUGAUGGCCCUGUCUGCCCACCUGAACGCUGUGGAGUCGGAGAAGCAGAAGCUGCGUGCCCAGGUACGUCGGCUUUGCCAAGAGAACCAGUGGCUGCGAGACGAGCUGGCGGGCACCCAGCAAAAGCUGCAGAAGAGCGAGCAGAGUGUGGCCCAGCUGGAGGAGGAGAAGAAGCAUCUGGAGUUCAUGAACCAGCUCAAGAAGUACGACGAGGAUGUGUCCCCUACUGAGGAGAAAGAUGGAGAGCCUCCUAAAGAUACACUGGACGACCUCUUCCCCAAUGAUGAGGAGGACAACAGUCAAGGAAUGCCUCACCAGCAUAACAGUGCAGCGGUGGCCGCAGCCCAGCAGGGUGGCUAUGAGAUCCCAGCCCGCCUGAGGACCCUCCACAACCUGGUGAUCCAGUACGCCUCCCAGGGCCGCUACGAGGUGGCCGUGCCCCUCUGCAAGCAGGCUCUGGAGGACCUGGAGAAGACAUCUGGACACGACCACCCUGACGUGGCCACCAUGCUCAACAUCCUGGCCCUGGUCUACAGGGACCAGAACAAAUACAAGGAGGCGGCUCACCUGCUCAAUGAUGCACUGUCUAUCCGGGAGAAAACCCUUGGGAAAGACCACCCUGCGGUGGCUGCGACACUGAACAAUCUGGCAGUGUUGUAUGGCAAGAGGGGGAAGUACAAGGAAGCUGAGCCCCUUUGCAAGAGGGCUCUGGAGAUCAGAGAGAAGGUGCUGGGCAAGGACCAUCCUGAUGUGGCCAAGCAGCUGAACAACCUGGCCCUGCUGUGUCAGAACCAGGGCAAGUACGAAGAGGUGGAGUACUACUACUGCCGUGCCCUGGAGAUCUACGAGUGCAGGCUGGGCCCUGACGACCCCAACGUGGCUAAGACCAAGAACAACCUGGCUUCGUGUUACUUGAAGCAGGGGAAGUACAAGGAGGCGGAAAUCCUUUACAAAGAGAUUCUCACCCAAGCUCACGAGAAGGAAUUUGGAUCCGUGGAUGCUGAGAACAAGCCCAUCUGGGUGCAUGCCGAGGAGCGGGAGGAGUGCAAGAGCAAAGACGGCUAUGGAGAUUAUGGCGGCUGGUAUAAGAAUUGCAAGGUGAACAGCCCCACUGUCAACACCACUCUGCGUAAUCUGGGAGCUCUGUAUCGCCGGCAAGGCAAGAUGGAGGCCGCUGAGACCCUGGAGGAGUGUGCCUUGAGGUCCCGAAAACAGGGUGUGGUGGAGCUGCAGAGAGACGGAGACAGGAGGAGGAGCAGGGAGAGUCUGAGCAGUGUAAAAUAUGAGAGCGCCUCCGAAGCGGGGGAGGACGGCAGCGUGGACUGGAACGGGGCCUAAAUCAGCAGGAUGACCUUCCUCCGCCUCACUCUCCUCAACCAAUCAAGCCAAUCGAAUCAAAAUGGAUGUCUCCUUUCAUUUCCUCUGUGUGAAGCCUCUUCUAAUCUUUCAUGGAAGACUCCCUUCAUCCCCACAAAACCGAUUAUCCCUUUUACCUCCCAAUCUUUCUCUUCCCAUCCUUUCGGGGUCUCUCACUCCCACCCAUGUUCUCUAUCUUCUUGCGUUUUCCACACUCUGCCCCUCUUCUCCUGGUCUCUUGCCCUCUUCCUCUUGCGUUUUCCACACUCUGCCCCUCUUCUCCUGGUCUCUUGCCCUCUUCCUCUUGCGUUUUCCACACUCUGCCCCUCUUCUCCUGGUCUCUUGCCCUCUUCCUCUUGCGUUUUCCACACUCUGCCCCUCUUCUCCUGGUCUCUUGCCCUCUUCCGUUUUCUUUAUCCCUCUCUCUAGCUCUCUUGUUCAUGCCCACUCAUUUCUCUCAUCAUGCUGCAUCACAGUUUCAGCCUUUCUCUUCCUCUAUCCCUGUCUCUCCCUUUCUCUUGCUGUGUCAUCACUUGUAUAGUAUGUAUGAUAUUCUAACCAAUAAGAGAUGGUGGCACCAGAGUCCAACUGAACACUGGAAACUUGACUAUCAAAGCAUUGGUUGUUUUUUCUCUUUUCUGUUCUUCUUGUAUGCAAAUAUGAUUGCUUUUACAUUGAUCUUCAUAUUUUCACUAAGCACAGACACACAGUUAGAACGGCAUAAAUUAUUGGUCCACUACCAAAUGAGACCAGUCAGAAUUUGUAUCUCGUUUUGUUAUUGCUAAAAUAUUAUUGGCCACUGAAAAGCAACCAGCUAGAGUAGUGCUUUUUAUUUAGCUGCUGCCAGCUUUUUGUCCUGAUAUUUGACCAGGAUUGAUCCACCUUGGUGCCUUUUUUAUGUUCACUAACUUGCAACCUGUUUUAAGUGUGACCAUGACCCUUGUAAAUUAUUUAUGCGUACUGUUGUGUUGUAUAGGAGCAAAUGUAAGACAAUUAAAAAAAUGUAUAUCGUGACGCUAUUAUGAUUCCAAGUCACGUCGCCACUUAAAAGCACCUUUUGAGUACACAUCGAUUACUUAUGGUUUAUUGAGAUUAGUGUAUCUUUCUCCUGUUUUUAUUUCGUUUACUUUUAAAUAAUUUCUUAUAUAGGAUAGUGUUUAUCAUGUUUAUUUAUCUUUGCAUUGUCCCUCUAAGCAAUUUAUUAUUAUUAUAAUAUAGCCAUACGGUUAGUAAUGAUGGUGUCUGUGCCUGACUAUGGUAUUGACGUUUUAAAGAGGAACAGCUUGCUAACUGUAGAAUCAGUGUCUUUGAAUUGAAUGGCAUUGUGCAAAUUGCUUUCUCCAAAGCCAUAGCUUGGGGAAAGAAAUGAUUUCUCUGGUUAUGCUCCAAGCCAGAGAAUCUUGUUUCAUAUUUUGAAGUAGCCAUUGAAAAGGGACACAACACCAGAGACACACGAACACACACAUUACUGUACACUGCUGCACAAAGUUGUUGUAUUUGAUUUUGUAAGCUUCUGAGUGGCAUUUGGUGAGGUCACUUAUUUAGUUUUAGCCUGAUGGUCCUCUUGUUGUUCCUCGCAUAGCUUUCACUCUUGUUAUCGUCUCAUCUUUAAAGCCUACUUUACCCUGCUAUGACGUAAGGCAGUCAUAACAGCUUAAGUUAGUUUAUAACACCUAUGAACAGCCACAUCAAACAACCAAGGUUAGCUGUCUUGUCAGCCAACAACAUAGUUACCUUGAACACAGUGACAUGUGACCUAGCUGGCUGCUCAUAAGAUAUAUGUUAUGAAUUGACAUCAGAUUUUAUGAAUGCUCCUGAUGACAACAUUGCUAUGCUUAAAGAUCGGCUUUAGAUUGGGGAUUUAAGUUAGGUGUGAUCAUUGAGGCCUCGUUUAACAGUUAUGUUACCUGAAUGUAAAGAUUUUUCAAACAGCUCUAGCUUGAAAUGUGCUCAUUGUUGUCCACUAACUGUCCCAGUUUUUAUUUUAUAUUUCCCAUGUUUCCCUCAUUCUAAACUAUAGUAUCUUUAUAUGAUGUAGUUUAGGCUGAAUAAGUGUAGUACUAGUAACUAACCUUGCUAGCCAGUCGUUUCAGCAUUAGCCAACACCACCAAAUUGAAGUUGCCUGUAUGCCAUGUAGUUACUCUUUAAGCACUUUAACUAUUAUAUAAUAACUGUAUCACAAUCAGUGCAGGUAUAUACUAGUACACCAUAGUACAUUUACAGAUGUUUUAAAGUGCAUGUGCUAAACCAAAACAGAUGAUGUACUAUGAGACUGACUUCAAUUAGCUUGUGUGUAGUUAAAGGUAAUUACACUUGAUACCAUAUGAAAAUGCAAUUCCAUGUAACUGUGGCAUUUUGGUAUCUCGGUGGAAAGAGAUGGCUGCAAUGUUGCAAACCGAAUUUUAAAAAAAUAAUAAUAAUAAACGGUAAUAGUGGAGCUAGCCAAUUCUGAAACACACUGGCUGUCUGGCUGGUAGGCCUAUGUAAGUGGAGCAAUUUAGCUAUGUCACACUAUUUCAUUGGUCUGUCUGUAGAAUGCUCUCCAUGACUAAUACUCCUGUCCUGGCAUCCCUUUGUUGCAUUGUGAUGAAUGUGUCUCUAAACCUUGUUUGACAUUGACUGAAAAUAAAGACUUUCAUUUUGGG